AUGCCAUCGAAGGCCAAUAAGAGGAAGGCUGCUGCCGAAAGAUCUGCCCAGUUGGCUGCUGAAGCUGUCGAUACUCCGGGAUCGGAUGUGACUCCAGCCAACGUUCCAGCUACCGCCCCUGUUUCUGCUCCAACUAGAGCAGCUCCACCGACUGAAGCUCUUGCUGCUCUUGGAAUAUCUACCGAUGCUCCGUCAACUCCAGAUCAGUCAUCUCCAUCUUACGGAAAGAAGAAGCAUGUUCCAUACGAGCUUCCAGCGAAGCUCACACCUCUUCAAAAAACGAGUUCAUUCAAAGUGAUCACCAAUUCUUAUCCAAUGGAAGUCGAGAAGAAAACUUGCUAUCGUUACGAUGUACACGUUCUGGCACGGCAAGAGGAUGGGAAGACGAUCGAGUUAACGGGAUCAAAGGGAAGCGAUCGUCAGAGACAAUCGGAACUUCAUGAGAUCAUCAAUAUUGUUCUGCGUCAAGAAGGGACCCAAGGCAUAACAUGUAUCUAUGAUGGAGCUGCCACCAUAUAUGCCAACGGACAGAUGAAAAAUAAAAAAACUGGGGCGGCCGGUUCAAUUCAAACCACAGUGGAGAGUUCGAAAGUUUCGGAGGAAGUUAGAAGAAAUUACUUCUGCAAUGGACAACGAGGAAGCUUCCAUGUCCUUAUCGAACCCAACACUGCUCAAUCAACACUGCUCACCACCGACGUCCUCCACGAGAGUCUCAACUCAACUUCAUGCCCCGUCACCCAAAUGUGCCAAAUUGCUCUUGGUGAGGAAGCCAGAUUGAAAGGAUUCAUGAGCACGGAGGGAGGAAAUGAGCUCUUCGACAAACCAAAUUUAGCCAGGUCUAGAGAAGGAAUUGAAACAAUGGAUGGUGUUGGAGCUAGUGUGAAGAUUGCCACAGGACAAACUGGAAAAGGAGCAGCUCAUGUUGUCAUUGACUAUAAAAAGAAGCAAUUUUUCGCUGCUGGGCCUCUAGUCAACCACGGAAUCAAUUGGAAUGAUAGUGCUGAAGCUAAAAAACGAAUAAAGAAUCUAAAGAUUGGUACUACUUAUUCGUCCCAAGUGAUACGUGCCACCGGAGUCUCGAAGGAACCAAUGUCUCAACUCACAUUUAUUGACAGGGAUGGCAACGAACAGAGUGUCAUGAAGACAGCCAGCGAGCUUUCCGGAAUCCCUAUUGCGAAGUUCAACAAGAACUGGCCAGCAGUGCAGGUUAGAAAGGGGAGAGUCACUUUUAGCUUCCCGAUUGAAGUCGUCCGAGUGCUUCCAAAUCAAAAAUUGACGCCAAUACACGGACAACCGCCAAAAUGUGAAAAAGCAUACAAACGAUAUCAAUUGAUGGAUGCAAUUGGAAAGAAGGCAUGCCUCCUAUCUCCGAACAACACUCUAUCGGCGUUUGGAAUGAAAAUUCAAAACACUCCGAUCGUCGUUGAUGCCGUCGCCGCCAAACUGCCAACUAUUCUCUACAAGGACAAUUCAAAGACGUCCCCGGCCAUUGCAAAGCAGGCCAAAUGGGAAAUCGGUCGAAGCUCCUUCAUACUACCAAAAACAGUGAACUCGAUUAUGAUUUUGUUCAAUAACGACAGAGCAGAAAACACUAAAAAAAUUAAUAUUUUGAUUGAAUCUCUCUCCACAUUCGCCAAACAAUUGGGAGUAGUAAUUGGAAGCAUCACUAGUAAAAAUUUGGCUGAAGAUGGAAAUUAUAACAGCUUGAGAUCAGAAGAUGCCCUUCGUACAUUCUAUGCUCAUCUCAAAGAGCAAUUAAAGCAGCAAGGAUCAUCUCAGAAACCGUCCCCAUACGUUAUCUAUGUGGACCAUAGUAGCGAACCUUAUCACCAGCUUCUCAAGUACCUCGAAAGGAAAUUUGAAGUCAUGACUCAGCAUUUGAAUUUCGACAAAGCACUCCAAAUCCGCUCCGGCUCGCCAUUACUUGGAAAAAGUACCAUGACAAAUAUCUUGAUGAAGAUCAACUUGAAAAACGGAGGAUUGAAUCACAAGGUCCUUCCUGACCCCUCAAUCGAUCACCUCUGGGGAGACAAAUCCAACACUCUCAUUAUCUCCUACGAUGUUUGUCAUUCUUCCGGAAAAGUCUACAAGAAAGGAGAGACUUGCUUCGAGCCAAGUUGUGUUGGAUUUGGAUACAAUGGAACCAGUGUCCCAGAAGCUAUCAUAGGAGACUUCCACUACCAACUUCCACGGAAUGAGCAGGUCGAUCCUUCUGUGUUGACUCUGCGAGCCAAGUUAAUGACAAAUGCCUACGUCAAAGCUCGAAAAAUGUGGCCUGCAAACGUUCUGAUCUUACGUGAUGGUGUCUCCGAAGGACAAAAUGCAAUGGUUCGUUUGGAAGAGUUCCCGGCCAUUCAAAAAGGAGUCAUGGAUGCUUUCAAAGGAAACAAGGACAAGGAUGCCAAACCUGCUUUCGCUCUUCUGGUUGUCCUAAAAACCAAUUCCAAUCGUUUGUAUCUGAGAACCCAGACCCAGAGUGGAAUCGAAAAUGUGCCACCAAUGACAGCAGUUGACCAUACAAUUGUGAAAAAAGAAGGUGUCGAAAUGGUCAUGGUCUGCCAUCACCCCUUGAACGGAACAGCUCAACCAGUUCUUAUCAAUAUGCUUGUGAAUGAAAAAGUCUUCGAAACGAAUGACCAGAUUGUGAAUCUGAUGGGAGCAACCUGCUGUGCUCACCAAGUCAGCACCGGCAUCACAUCCAUUCCAGAACCGAUAUGUGCUGCCGAUGAUUAUGCCAAGAGGGGAGCUGAUCUUUUCACAAAGUAUCAAGAGGAGAACAGGAACAAUAUGCCGACGAUUGAAGGUCCCGACGGCGUGUUGCAACUCGACUUUGACAAAAUCACGCGGGAGCUGUGCUUCGAGUUUACUCGCUUCAAGUUGAAUAGAAUGGCUUGA